CAGAACAGCAAGUAUGGGCCCAAGCAGCUUCCCACAGAGUUGCAUGCUCCAGCUAAUGGAUGGGGAGGGCUGAAUAAUGGCUGCUGCUUCUCGCAGGGCAAAAAUAAGGCAGUUACGGAUGAUCAUAAACACAUGGAGGCAGCGAGACUGCCGAGAAGAGAGGCGGCAGCGGCUCACGGGGGAAGAAUCGACUAGAUGGGAGGAGAGGAAAAGGAAGCAGCCUGCCGCUUCACACACUCGUGGUGAAGUUGAGCCCCUUGCAAGAAUUCUCCUGGCUCCGUCGGCCAUCUGGAAUGUGGAGUCACUUCCUCUGUCUGCCCUGCGCUCUAAUGGGGUUGUCCUCUGCCUCUGCGCCCCCUCCCUCCGCUCUGACAGCACCCUGGAAAAGCGCUGGAGACCGCGCCAGUGCAGAUGGGACUUUUCUGACAGGACACACGGCAGCGAGAGCGCCGACGCGGCUCGUGCGCGACUCUGAAUGGAGUCUGGGCUCGGGAGAAGCAGAGACAACUGCAAUUAUCAGCUGAUCUUCCUGGGGGCUGUUCCUAUUGCCAUAUAUGGCAACAGAGCUGAGAAAUCAUUUGAAUUAGUCUGGUUUGUGAUGCGUGCCUGUCUGCUUUUAGUGCUGACUGACUUCCAUCUGCUCCAUUUCGCUCUGUGCGGCGUGUGCGCGUCGCACCGCGGCUCGAUUUGUUUGUUUUGCCAUUCUUAGUUCUUCUUUUCCUGUUGUGUGGGUUUUGUUGUGGACCCAGAGGAGGGUGUGCGUUUGUGGUGGAGCUAAGCUACACACACUGUCAUUGCUGCCUGUUCUACACGCACUCUGCAGAAGCUCUUGCUGUUUUUCCCUCUACUGCACGUCCUCCUCUCUCUCGUCUUCCCUUUCACUGCCCUGAUGGACUGUGUUUGUUGGAGUCGAGCACGCUGACCUGGGUGUAGAACCACAAACUAAAGCAGGGCUCUGACGCGGCAUUUUUGGACAUGGACUUUUGUUGAAGAGUGGACCAGCCCUACCUCCGCUGGAUGUUUCUCUUUUCUUCCUACCAUGCAACAGGAUGUGUGACCCACAAGGAACAAUCCGGGCACCAGGAAGUACUAAGUCAAACCGAAGGAUUUAUUGGCUUGAGCAUUUGACACUUUGAUGAUGAAGAAAACAAUCAUGGGACGGUUCUAAGUAUUAAAGUCGACCCCAAACUGCGUUUUUGGCACCAGCGCCUCGAGCGCCAGCGAUCUGCCACCUGAGCACGUCCGUUACCCCGGUGGCCGUGCCAGUCAUCGCCUCAUGUGGAUUAUUUUCAUAAACAUAUCCCUCAGCAUUGAUUGCCAUGGCAACGGCGGCAUGGUACCAUCGUGACAUCAGCCGUGUGCACGCGGAGGACUUGCUGGCGCGGGCGGGGAGGGAUGGCAGCUAUCUAGUGAGAGACAGUGAAUCUGUGCCAGGAGCCUAUGCGUUGUGCCUGCUAUUCCAGCGUCACGUUCACACCUACCGCAUCCUUCCUGACUCGGACGGCCUUCUAGCUGUUCAGACAUCGCAGGGGGUGCAGGUGAACUGUUUCAGGACACUGGAGGACUUGGUCCUGGGGUACCAGCAUCCCCACAAAGGCCUGGUCACUCCUCUGCUCUUUCCCGUUCCCCGUGACACGGACACUGGAGACGAGAGCUCAGACGAUGAGAAGCCACCUCCACCUUCAGCGCCUCUCACCACCGUGUCUGUUAUGGGAACACCAGCGAAGCCCGCCCCUCAUGUGCUAUUCCUGGAUAAGCUGCAGGAGCUGAACACAUCCAAUACGGCAGGUGAGGUGAUCGCUCUGCUCAAUGACUACCUCUUCAGUGAACUGCCUCUUGACAUUGAGAAUGUGCAUAAGGGGGCAACAAACCUUUGCUUCCUGAAGCGCACUCUGAGCACUGCCUGCCAAGGCCUAAACAGUGAGAUUGAUCUAACUCUAUCAAGUCUGGAAACCCUGGCUAAGGUCUUUGACCAUCCCAGCUGCUCUUUACCACACACCAAGUCACAGGGUCCCGACAUGGAUAUAGACACCUUGUUGUGUAAGAUUUCAGCGUUGGUCAGUCUCCUCUCCUCACUGGAAAGAAAGGUUCUAAAAGCGCUACAGGAUGCAGUCACCAAUCACAAUCUGGCAGUGCAACCCAACCCACCACCUCCUGAGCCCACACCCGUCAGUAUAACGCCUGCAAAGAACCUCGUCAGACAGAUACCGGUCCACUCCUUUCAGGUGAAGAUAGUGAGGUAUGGCCGACAGACUGUUUCUGUUGAUGUCGACACAGGAGCGCUGCUUUUUGACAGGAAAGCUGGUUUACUUGGAAUAGAGACUAUAUCACACGACAGAAUACUUCAGAUUGUCAAGUUUCAGAGCAGCCCGGCCAAGGUGCAGAUGAUAGUCGACAGCCACCACAACCCACCACGCGAGUUAAUAUUUGAGAGUGCGCGGAAGCGUGACGCUUUCUGCCAACUUCUGCAGCUGAUGAAAACCAGGCACUCUCACCUACGAGAACCCGACGUGGUCUCUGUGUUCGUUGGCACCUGGAAUAUGGGUAGCUCGCCUCCACCUCGCAGCCUGCAGUCAUGGGUGACCUGCUGUGGGCUGGGACACACCCCUGAUGAAUCAGUUGCAUUGAUCCCUCACGACAUCUAUGCUUUGGGCACUCAGGAGAACCCCCAGGGGGAGAAAGAGUGGACAGAACACAUCAAAGCAACCCUUCGCAGCUGUACUCAAAUCGACUUCAAACAAGUGGCAGUACAGUCCCUCUGGAACAUGAGGCUGGCUGUGUUUGUGAAGCCGGAGCAUGAGAGUCGCAUCAGCCAUGUGAACACAGCCAGCGUGAAGACUGGCUUGGGGAACACACUGGGAAACAAGGGGGCUGUUGGUAUCUCAUUAUUCCUUAACGGGACAUCUUUUGGGUUUGUUAACUGCCAUCUGACUUCUGGAAGUGAGAAAGUCCUGAGGAGGAACCAGAACUUUGUGGACAUUCUCAGAUUACUUUCUCUGGGAGACAAACUCAGUGUUUUUGACAUCAGCCUGCGCUUCACUCACCUCUUCUGGUGUGGAGAUCUCAACUACAGACUCGAUCUAGACGUACAGGACAUCCUGAAACAUGUGUCUAAACGGGAAUUUGAGGAGCUGAUGUGUGCAGACCAACUAACCAGAGAGAGACACAAGAGAAAAGCCUUUCUGAGCUUCAAGGAAGAGAAGAUCACCUUUCCACCCACCUACCGGUAUGAACGGGGCUCCAGAGACUGCUACCUAUGGCAGAAGUACAAGACCUCAGGCGUACGAGUCAAUGUUCCAUCUUGGUGUGACAGGAUCCUGUGGAAGUCCUACCCAGAAGCGCACAUUGUCUGCACCGCGUACGGCUGCACAGACGACAUCUUCACAAGUGAUCACUCACCUGUUUUUGCCACGUUCCAAGUGGGAGUGACAUCACAGCUCAGCUCAAAAACAGAUACAAAUCCCAGCAUGGAAAAAGCCUGGAUAGAGCUGGAAGGCGUGGAGGCUAUUGUGAAGACAGCAAGCAAGGCAAAGUUCAUUACUGAAUUUCACUCCUCUUGCCUUGAAGAGACACGACGUUCGAGUGAGAAUGACUCUCAGAGCUGUGAUGUUCCUGGAUUUCUCAAACUAGGAUGGUCCUUUAAACAACUGCCGAAGCUUCUUCCAGUCGUGUCUGACAUGGAGUAUCUGCGGGAUCAGCAUCUGCUUUUAUCUGUCAAGUCAUGUGAUGGCUUCGAGUCAUACGGUGAAUGCUGCGUGGCUCUGCACUCGCUCACUGGUGCUCCGGGGCAGUUUGAGACAUUCUUGAGUCACAGAGGCGAAGAGAUAGGCUCCAUUAGAGGCCGGGUCAGAAUCCAUGUGCCCAAAGAGAAACGAGCCACACGGGAGAAGAUAUACGAGUGGUUCUGUUUGGACAAAGACGAAAACGGUCCUGGGAGAGGACACGUGCCUCCUGCAGCUUCACGUGUCCCGAUAAACAGGUCCUCUGCAGCACCUUCCAAACAAACUCCGAGCAGCUACACUAACCCUGCCUACUUCAUCUUUGAAGGCAUAUCUGUGGCACAUAAGGUAGAGGAGCCCCCCCCUCAGCGGACGGACCCUCAACUGAUCUGGUCUGGUAACGAGGCCUUGCAGCUCCCAAAAAUCUCGGGGCGCCCAGGCUUUGACAGGAGACCCUGCCGUAGAUCAGACUUUACAGAGAUUGAAAUCCCAGCCCUUCUGCCCCAGUACACAUCAACUAAUGACCUUCACACUCCCCAAAUAAACUCCUCCUAUCAGCUUUUCCCAGCUAAAACCCCCUCUCCCGUUCCUCCACGCUCAACAAAUGUCCUUCUGAAGUACCAGGAACAGACAUCGCAGCCAAGAGACAAAACCCAGGCCAAAAAGGCUGUUCAGGACUCUAUUCUGCCAGAGAAUAACCUGGCCAGCCUGUAUAUGAAUCACUCCGCAAUCAUCAGGGAAAAAACCAAAAGGGAUCAACAUCAUCUCACAGAAAAGGCCCUUCCUGUCCACACAGCCAAGACACCACUGCCUUUGCCCUACUCCUCCAAGCACCUGGCACUCUCGCAGGCCGCCGUUCCCUGGAUAGUGACUCCGUCAGUGCAGCCGUCUGGACGCACGGGAGACAACUCCCUCACUGCUUUGCAAAUUGCCAAGUCCCUCAGCGAAGUUGACUUCUUCCCCACAGAGCAGAGAGGCCCAUCAGUACCCAGCCACAGACAAAACUAUAGAAACGGGCCGACCCUGCAUGGAGACAGAGGCUGGAUGAAGGAGGCGUGUGUCCUCCGAGGUGCACCAGAGACUGUACGCGAGCUGCUGAGCGCUCUGGGCCUCCAGAAAUACACCCUGGGACUUAGCCUCAAUGGUUGGGAUGAUCUGGAUUACUUUAGCGGCAUCACUGAGGAGGAUCUACUCGCUGCAGGAGUCUCAAAUGCUUCACACAGACGCAUGAUCCUCGAGAACCUGCCAAAAAACUGGAACUGACGUACAGAGAUGAAUCUCGUGUUUUUUCUAUGACGCUCAAGUCGAACUGGAAGGAAGAAAAAAGACAGAGCGCAUGUGAGUCACAUCGGCUGGACGUUAACAGCCCUGACGGUUCGCUUAUUUACUCAGUCAAUACGGGAAAAACACUUUGUCUUUGUCAUCACAGCAAAGGGAACAAGUGCAGGACGUUCACCUUGAUAGAGAAUUAAAGAAGGAUGUGGCACCAAUGGAAACCCUCAACGUGUAUCUGAUACCCGACGCUUAUAUAAAUAUUGAUGAUCGCAUCAAGGUCUCAUUGAUUUUUCUUUUGAAUGAUUUUUGAGGUAGUUUCAUUGAUACUCUUUGCACCUUCCUGCAUUAGAUACUUCCACAUGGUCCAAUACUCCGGAUCAUGUGGAUGAUGUUUCCAACCAGACACCACGCGUUUCUACAGAUACAACACACAAGUGAACAUGCGGCAUCGAUGUUAACUCACCGAACGGUGCAGAGGGAACAUGCUAUUUAACUUCUCCACCAUUAAAAACACAUUAAUGCCAUCAGUUAUUCUCGUAAUGAUGACUACAUGAUGAACUAGUCCAUGAACUAAUGCGAGGAUAUUUAUCACCUCACCUAUUCAAGAUAUGAGACCACAGCACAUAGAAAAAAGGAAAUUGUGACUUUAAAAUACCUCUUGAUGCCUGGAUACCAUCCAGUGUGUGGGUUCUGUGUUUGUGUUUGACUGUAGUCGUCAGCGGCCGGCAGUUACUUAUUAAAGCGUGACUAUCAUCCUUC